AUGUCCUCCAGCUCAGCCACCCACCUUAUCAUCUUCUUACUCUGCCUCCUCGUCGCCGCCGUCUCCGCCACCGACCACAUCGUCGGAGCCAACAAGGGAUGGAACCCGGGCGUUAACUACACUCUCUGGGCCAACAACCACACCUUCUACGUCGGGGAUCUCAUCUCGUUUAGGUACCAGAAGACACAGUAUAAUGUAUUCGAAGUGAAUCAGACUGGUUACGAUAACUGUACUACCGAAGGAGCAGUGGGGAACUGGAGCAGUGGAAAAGACUUCAUUCCCCUCAACAAGGCCAGGAGAUACUACUUCAUUUGUGGCAAUGGUGGGUGCUUCAGUGGAAUGAAGGUCUUAGUUGUUGUUCAUCCUCUUCCGUCUCCGUCUAACGCCGCCGUCGCUGCUGAUCAUUCGUCGACGAAGUCCGCCGCCGCAUCGGUGGUUGGUGGGGCUGCGAUGGUGAUGCCUCUGUUGGUAAUGGCUUCGAUCUGGUUUGGAUCUGGGUGGAUCUAG